CGAAGGUCACUGGCCCUUCAGGUCUGUUAAAGCAGCUUAUCGAACACUUGUUUUGUUUGUAGAAGAGAAAACAAAAUGCCGACAGCUCUUGUCCUUCUCGCCGAAGGCGCCGAGGAGAUGGAAACUGUGAUAACCGCCGACGUGUUGCGACGUGGAGGGGUGGAGGUAACUGUGGCUGGCUUGUCUGGGGAUUCUCCCGUGCUGUGUAGUCGUAAGGUGUCCAUCAAACCAGACAAGAGUUUGACUGAGGCACUGAAGGCAGGACCUUAUGAUGCUGUUGUUAUCCCUGGAGGGGGUAAUGGUGCACAAAACUUAGCAGAGUCCAAAGCUGUUGGUGAAGUUUUAAAAGAACAAGAAAAAAGAGGUGGUGUAAUUGCUGCUAUUUGUGCUGGCCCCACUGUUUUGUUGAGUCACGGAAUAGCUGCAGGUAAAACGGUAACCUCGUACCCCAGUGUCAAGGACAAAUUAACAGGUCAGUACAGUUACUCCGAGGACCGUGUAGUACAGGAUGGUAAACUGGUGACCAGUCAGGGCCCUGGUACAACAUUUGAAUUUGGGAUAAAACUAGUGGAAGUUUUACAAGGCAAGGAGAAAGCCGAGCCUCUGGCUGGACAGAUGUUGGUUAAGCUGUGAGGAGACACUCCCACAAUGAACUUGACUGAGAUCUGCACAACACACUAAGAGCUACAUGUAUAAAGGUGCUCAAACAGAAAGUGCUAGGCAACCCAUAAAAUGGGUGUUCUGUUUGUUUUUAUGUUUUUUGUUUUUUUAAUAUCCAAAGCAUACUGUUGAAGUAUUUUGGGCUGGGUUCACUCUAUAGAUGGCUAAACCUUAAAAGGACACAGAAUUGUUGCUGAUUAGCUCAUGUGAGAGAGACGUUUAGGCAAAUCCAGGUUACACGUAUGCCUAGCCUUAUCAGAAUUUUAUGUACGGCACAUUUAUUCAAGCAUGGCCCAGCUUUAACCCAGAAAAUCCUAUAUCUUCAUGGGUCAGCCAACCAGCAUUGAUUCGAUAUCUCUAUAACCAGUGAGGUGAGGUCCAUAUCCUGUUCUUACUGGUAUGGCUAGCUGUUGUCUUGUAAGAGGACAUUGUAGUACCUAGCAGUAUGUCGUUUUCUCUGUCUCUGCCUGGUUUGCUCUACCUGUAAACUGCACCUCUGUAACAUUAAGAGAUUGGGGUUCUUUUUCCACCCACAUUUGGAAGUCAUACUGAGGCAUACUGGUGCCUGAAGUUUCUCACAUUUGUUAUGUCUUUGAUGCAUAGUAAUUGUUCCAUCUUUGGCUCAUUAUGAGAAAUAUUCUCAUUGGACAUGUUUGAAAUGAUCUACAUUUAAUUGCAUUUGACGAAUAGAUGCUUUUGUUGCAGAAGAAAACAAAAUGUAUAGAUUACUUCAGCUGGAGUGCUUACUCGGGCAAUAGUCUUUAUAUUGUGUGCCAUUUUCAGAUUUGAUGUUUACAUGAAAUGUAUAUGUUAAUAAAUGUUUUGUUA